AUGGCGGCGCUCGGCCGGCCGUUUAGCGGCCUUCCCCUGAGCGGUGGCUCGGACUUCCUGCAGCCGCCGCCGGCCUUCGCCGGUCGGGCCUUCCCGCCGGGGACGGAGGGCGCCGAGCUGGUCCCGCGGCCGGGACUUCGCGCCGCCCCGACCAGCUCCGGCGGGAGCGCGGCGCGCGGACGUAUUUCAACUCACUGUAGAAAGAAACACAAGCGAGAGGAGGAGGAUGAUGAUUGUCCAAUAAGAAAGAAAAGGCUAACUGAAGCAGGGCUCUGUGCUGGUCCUAAUGACUGGAUUCUUUGUGCACAUCAGGAUAUAGAGGGUCAUGGAGUAAAUCCGUGCACUAGUGGCCUUUCUGCACCUGGCAUGUUAGAUGUUAUUUGUGAAGAGAUGGAUCAGACAACAGGGGAACCACAGUGUGAAGUUGCCCGAAGGAGGCUUCAGGAAAUUGAGGACAGAAUAAUUGACGAAGAUGAAGAAGUUGAAGCUGACAGAAAUAUUAAUCGUCUCCCCAGCCUUGUCCUUUCUGAUACCAUGAAAACAGGUUUGAAGAGGGAAUUUGAUGAAAUCUUUACAAAGAAAAUGAUUGAGUCCAUGAGCCGUCCUUCCAUGGAGCUUGUGCUUUGGAAACCUCUCCCUGAACUCCUUUCUGAUAAGCCAAAGCCAUCAUCUAAUGCUAAGAACUACACAGGAGAGAGCCAAACUAAGCACGCAGCUGCUGGCACUGCCUUUCCUCAGAGAACUGAACUGUUCUUGGAACCUCGGCCAACAGGGUUGCCUGUUUACAAUAGUUUGGAGACAGCUGCUUGCACAGAAGAGGAGAUGGAACUCUAG